AUGCUACCUGGGCGGGCGGGAAGGCCCGCCAGCGACCGGGACAGCGGUUAUCCUGCGUGGUUGGAAGUCCCGGCUGUGCCCCCGGUUGCUCCGGCGGUGCGGGUGUUGUUAUUGGGGCAGGUGCUCGGGGCGCGCGAUUGGUCGAAGCCGGUCCGUACCAGGGGGACCGGUGCCGGUGGGGGGGGUCCGUGCGGGCGGGGGGGCAAACGCCGCCUGCUGGAACCCCACCUGUGGGCCUCCCCAAAUGAGGCGGGGCAUGGCAACCGGGGGAACUGGGGCAAGGAGGGGCCGGGGGGGGGACGUACGGAGCAAAUUGGGGGGGGUAAGCUGCGUGCUGUGGCUGGGGCCGAAUUGGGCCGGGAUUUGGGGGGGUAA